AACACAGAUAACACAAAAACUCGAAAAACAACACGAAACAAAGUUGGCAAAUAAGCCCAAGACACGUGUCCACAUUGUUCCGCCGCCAAAACACAUUAUGUGGUUUUGUAAAUUUGUCUGAUUAUCACUUGCACACAAUCAGUUACCAAUGUGAUAACACGUCAGAUAUUCGCAAUCCACUUGCUCCUCAACACUAUAACUUCCACGACUUGUUAAUUCAUUCACAGUGAUUUAUUAAUAUUUCAUUGAGUGAAUAACUGUGUAAAAAUGCGAGCUGGGCUUCCAUUCACCGUGUUCUGCCUUGUGUUGGUGGCUUGUGCACAGGCAGGUCAGAAAAUUGAUCCAACUGAAUUGAAAUGUCUUGUUUGUGAAACACUAGAAGAAGCACAGGUUUUAUUGAGCAAAGUUGAUCCUGAUCUGAAAGUAGAUGCUGGUGGAUACAGACUUGACAGUGAUGGCAAUGUCAAUAGAAAACAAGUUUCCCAGGCCACAAGUGAAAUUUAUCUAUCUGAACUCUUGGAGGAGGUCUGUGGUAAAAUGGAUGAUUAUGUGAGAGCCACCUGGAAGACAUCAGGUGGACUCACAUUGAUUAAAUUGAUUGAAGAUGGAAAGAUGACUCCUCUUAUGGAUAAAGUUGAUAUUAUUCAAGAUGGUGAUCUGAACAAAAGCUUAAAAUAUUAUUGUGAAACUUUGGUUGAAGAGUUGGAAGAUGUAAUUGUGAAAAAUUUGGCAGAAGGGGCUGAUAACAUUGAUAUCAAAGUAUGUUCCAUUGCUGCAGGGUAUUGUGAUAAGAGAUUACCUCAAAGUGAAUUAUAAUAAUACUUCAAAAAAUGUACUAAAACAUUCCAGAUUGGUAUAAAAUACAAAUAUGUUUGCAUUUUGUGCAAUGAUAAUGCAAUUUUGAUAGAUUGGUUGAUUUUAUAAUAUUUAUGCGAUUUCCAUGAAACUGAUGACUUAAUAAAUAGUUUACCAUAA